AUGGAUGACUCCCGUCGCCGGAGCCCUGAGAGCUCCAGGAGACGGCGACGCGCCGAGAGACAAGCUUCUCCCGAGCGUGUCGUCCCUCCCUCCGCGACGAGGUCAUUUUACAACACAGGCACGCCCCAGUACGAGUCGGCAUCAUACUACAGCACGACCCACGAUGAUCGUGGCGGUCAACCCUCACAAUACUAUUCACAGACAGCGGGCGAGUCAUCAACAAGGGCGCCAGGUGGCGCGGCACCAGCCGAGACCGCUAGACACAACCACAUUCCAUCCUACCAUCGCGACAGGGCAUACUCCAGCUCGUCCGGCUCGAGCUCCACAUCCUCCUCACUUCUCGACAUCUCGCGACGAUACCCCGAGGUCCCCAAACCCAGGGGACUAGGCGGUGUCUUCAACACCUUUUUUCGCACACCAUCAGAGCACCGCCGUCUAAGGCGGAGGAGGAGCGGCAAGGCGAAGCGAAGGGCACGCGUGCUGUACUUUGGCAACUCUUCCAGCUCGUCUGUCAACUCAGACCUGGCAUACGGCACGGGCUAUAUCCCACGGAGGAAGUCGAGUCGCGAUUUCACGGCCAGACACGACAGACCAUCGCAGCAUGGCCACUCAUCCUCCCUGCCCUCGGCGUCCGGGCCCUCUACGGGAAUAGCAGCAGGAGCAGCGACGGCAGCGGCGGCGGGUACUGCCGCCUACGCGGCGACCCAGGCCUCCAGCAGCCACCACCACCGACCCCAGGCGCCCUCGCAAUAUUUGCCGUCGCAUGGGCAUUCGCAAUCAUUCUCGCAUCCCCCGACACAGCAUGAAGCGGAGACUAGCUACGCCGCGCCCUUGGCGGCCACGGCUGCCGCUGGAGCUGCGGGGGGCCUCGCGGCCGAGUACUAUGAUGUGAACAACCAGUUCGUCCCCAAGGCACCCACGCCACGUCGGCGAAAGACCGAUGACGAGAUCAUGGCUAUUGGGCGUCAGCUCUCUGACCUUGCCAAGGCAAGCAACGAUGAUGACAUGCGGAGGGCGGGACUAUCCCGUCCAUCUGGUCUUGUUUCUGCUGCCACCCAGUAUAGCAACUAUCAGAACUCAAAGCCGGGGACCAAGAGCCGAGGACUCGGGGGAUCCAAGAUGAGAGUCGACUCUUCCGCAGAUGAUUCAGACUGGGAGUCCGCCUCCGAUGAUUCUGAUUCCGAGUCCGAUGAUAGCGCCGAUUCGUCCAUGGCCUAUGGGACGGUCGUUUCGCAGGCUAUCCGCCCAACAUUGGCAGCUGCCACCGGCGCUGUGACAGGCGCAGCAAUGACAGCAGCAGCUGGGCGCAUGGCCGACAGGAAGAGCUCAGUUGUCGAUCCGCACUUGUUCGGCCCCGUCAACUCUCUCCGUGGCAUGAUCAACACACCCUGCGGGUUUGGCGAGGACGGCAAGCCACUUAAGCGUGACCCGCGGCCUCUCACACGCUCUAGCACCGAGCCCCUGGGCCCUAUGCGCACUGUUUACCCAGUGGCGACGUCGGAUCCUUCUCGCUUCGACGCUUCAUUGCAGCGCGAGCUCCCGCAGAGGUCGAGGCCAGCGCCUGUCCCCCUGCAGCAACCUGUCCCUCGGCAAACGGUAUCUCCCAAGGUGUACGAUGCCGAGAAACUCGAGGAUGUCACGAGUCGUGAUGCAAAGCCCCCAAAGGAGAGCUCUGACAGUAAAAACUGGAUUGGCGCUGCUGCAGUUGGCGCGGCAGCUGCAGCUGCUGGAACCGCGCUAGUCAGUGGCCGCAAAGAUGACCCUAGCGAUCGCAAGGAGGCACGCGAAGUUGCUGAUGUCGAUCGUCGUGAGCGUGAAAGGCGCUCAGAGCGUGGCGAGAAACGAGAGAAAGAGCGUGUGCGCGAAAAGGAGAGCGAGAAGGAGCGCGAAAAGGAAAAGCGACGCGAAAAGGACCGUGACAAGGACCGUGGCAAUGACAAGGAACGCAAAUCCAAGCGCGACUCUCGGUCCUCCGUAUAUGACGACAAGGACAAGGAAAAGGAGCGCAAGCGUUCCUCACGUCACGACGAUCGUAGCGACGUCUCGAGGAAACACCGGGACCGCGCUGUCGAAGAGGAUCCGACGCGCGAGUCAUACAGACGACGUGACAAGUACGAGCCUGCCGAUGGUCGUAGCGAGGUCUCACGUAGCUCGAGGCGCUCAAGCCGAAAACAUGACGAGAAUGUGCCCGACGCCUAUCGCGGCACUCCCCUACCUACGAAGGCAGGUUCCGAAGAGACUACGGAGACGGAGAGGGCGACCCAAAAAUCGACUAUUGACCCUUUCCAGUACCAAGUCCAUGACACCGACCCGCCAUUAGGUGCAUCCGCCAGGCCUUUGACGCCAUCUGUUGUCGUCGUUGACCGGGAGCCAAUUUUUGACGACUCAGACCCUGACUUCCCUGAGAUUGACGGAGGGCGCCUGAGCCGCAGGGACUCCUUCGAGAUCGAAAAGAUGGUGGAGGAAUACAAGAAGCAUUCGACCCCGGAGGAGCAACAGGCAGCCAAAGACUACGUCACGAGCAAAGCAGCGCAUGCUGUAGCACCUGUGUCGGCCGCCGUCAUGGCCGGUGCCAUCAUGACUGAAGCCUCUCGGUCUGAGAGUCGCAGGCGUUGUGAGGGACCUCCCGAAUCCAGAUCCCGCAGCCGGAGUCGGCGUGGAAGGGACACAGUACAGGACGAGGCAGACCAAUACUAUCGGGAGCAAGAGACCGCACGGAAAAUUGCCUCGGAUGAGGCCCGCAACCGUAGCGUUACUCUCGAGAAGUCGGUCAUGGACAAAUGGGAUAAGGACGACGACGGCGACAUUGCUGAUCCUCCGACAAUUGUCACCCCACCACAGAUGAAGCAGCAUACUCAGGAUCAGUACGGUGAGCAUAACGCUGAUGUCAGGAUUGACAAUGUCUUCUCGCCCAGCGAGCUGGCACGGUUCCGCGCUGAGUAUGGCGGAUCUGACUACCGACACGAGCAAUCCACUGAGCGAGCGCGUCCACUCUUGAACCUGGUGUACCCAACCCCGGCAUCCAGCCGCAAAACCACUCCUGGGAUUGAAGUGGAGGAAGAGAAGGACCAACCUGACGACCGCAGCAUCAAUGAACAUGGCAAGGGUCGGGAUGUACGCGACCGCGAUUACACAGACUCGUCUUCAAAGUCAGACGUAAGCAUCGGCAAGAGGCGCAAGGACGAGGACAGAGACGACAAUAGAUCGUCAAAAUCCGAGGUUGGUGUCAGCUCCCGCAGGAGACGAACUCGGGACAUUGAGGACGACACCGCACAAUCUGACAUUGGGCCUACCGUCGUUGUCGGACCAAACGGCGAGAUCAUGACUGUCCCUGCAAAGUCUGUCAGCUGGGGGGAAAACCAGUACAAAGUAGUCACGCCUGAGCCUAGGGAUGACCGCGAAUUGGGCGAUGACCGCGGAUUGUCAAGGCCAAGCCUGGACAAGACGAGCGCCUGGGGAGCUGCUGCCGCUGCCAUGGCUGGAAGCAGCAUCGAGCCCGACAAUGAACCUCGGAUUGUUGUCGAGUCGCCCAAGGACAUUGAUCCCAGCUCAAGCCGGUCCAUCCACGCUUAUCGCGUGGAAGAUGAUCAUGGCGCACCUCCUGUCCCCGGACCCAAGCCUUCCAGUCCAAGCCCGGAGCAGAUGCCUGGCACCUUUGCCGACGACAUUGAAUUCGCUGCCACUUUGGCAGCUGGGCUUAAGGAUACUGGUUUCGAUCCCAACAUUGUCAUUGACGACCCAACAUAUCGUCGCCGAGACUCACCUCCUGGCACCAACGAAAUCAAUGGCAAUGGCCUGUAUAGGCCUGCGUACGCUGAAACAGUGUCUGAUCUUGCCUCGCGUGAGCCACAAACCGGCCCGGCUGAGCCUGGGUUUGUUCUAGGUGAGGUCGAGACUCCCAAGGACGAGAUCAAGCCCACCGAGUCUAUUGAAAAUGCUACAUCGCCCACGAGCAAGCUCAGCAAGAAGGAGAAGAAGAGGCGGGAGAAGCUGCAGAAGCAGCUUGCUGAUGAAGCUGCUGAGUCUAGCAGUGCUCGUGAUGUGCCUGCCGAAGAGCCUGAACCAUUUGCCGAAGUCCCUGAUCCGGCUCCCGUGGUAGAAGACGAGCCACCUGUCAAACUCAGCAAGAAGGAGAGGCGCAAGCGCGAGAAGGAGGCUAAGGAGGCCAGGGAGGCGGAAGACGAGGCAGCUGCGGCGGCAUCAUCAGCAAAGGAAACCGAGGUUUACGCGGAGCCUGAGCCUGUUUCCGAAGCUGAGGUCGAGAAUGGCACUUGGCCUGACUCAUCGAACCGAAAGUCCAUGGACCGUAGGAGCCGCGAUUUGGAUGACUUCGACAGCUCGCGCGUUUCCGUGCCCAUUGACUCCUUCGCCGAUUUUGCUUCUUCCAGGGAUCUAAGGUCUACCGAUGACUUGGACGAGCCGAGAAAAGCCAAGAAAAAGUCCAAGAGCUUGUACAACUCGCCAACCACGGCCCCCAUUGACCACUCCUAUUCUGUUGAUGACUUGUCAUUAUCCAAGGAUAAAAAUGGAGAUGGCGUGGAUGAGGACCUCAAGAAGCACAAGAAAAAGUCGAAACGCGAAUCGGGUUUGGAUGAGUCCUCGCGCUCCUACUCUGUCGACGACUUGAGCAAGGCCGGCCGCGGCGGCGAUAACUGGAAAGAGCCCAAGGAGCAUCGCCGCAGGCACAAACGUGAAUCAAGUGGCUAUGACUCUCCUUCUAGACGCGAUUCCGGCGCUUACGAUUCACCAUCACGAUCAGCAGCGCCCUCUGAAGUUGGUUCGGAAACCUCGAGGCGCAGCCGAAAGUCGAAGAGACGCAGUGGCACUGCAGAGGACUUCUAUGAGUAUGGUGAGGGGCCACCAGACAAGGACAGAACCCGGGAUUUGUUUGAGGACCGUGACGUUAGCUCCGUUGUGUCCGAAUCUCGCGGUGAUGACAGGAAGUCAAGCAGGCGCUCAUACCGCUAUGAGGACGAUGACGAUGCCAAGUCCGUGGCGUCCGCGCCCGGUGGUCGCAAAGCCGAGCUCUCGAAGAAGAGGAGCAGCGGUGGCCUCUUCUCCAGUAUCUUUAAGAGAGACGACGACAAGUCAAAGAGUCAGUCUUUUUUAGGUAAUGCCGGCACCCUUGGCGCGGGUGUCGGCUUGGCGGGUGUUGCUGGGUAUGCCGCUGCGUCCACCCUCUCCCGCCUCAAUGCCAACGAUGCGCUCUCUGAGAAGAAGGACCCUUCUCAAGAGAUCACUGAAUGGUCACGCGACGUCGAUCUGGACCCCGACGUCGUGGCCAGGGCCAUUAAACCGGCCAUCGACCCUCAAUAUGGCGACCUUCUCCCUCUGCCUCCCAGCGAGCCUGGAUCCCCCGUCAAGGCCCCUGAGGAGCUGCCUAGUCUGCCGGACAGCAGGCCAGACACACCGCCUGAGGAGAGGAACACAAAGCAAGCCCACGCCAGGCGUAAGAGCGCCCAGGAGACACCAGUCAAGACGCACAGCAACACGGCUAUCCCUAUACAACUCAGAUUGGGCAAUCGAUCUGGACCAUCGUCGCCCAAUGUGCUUAGGCCGUCGCCUGCCGGGUCUCCAAAGAUGCCUGAGUCGCCUAGCUCAACACGUCGCGCUGCUCGUCCUACGUCUUGGGACAACAGCCGCGAGUAUAAACCGCUCUAUCUACUCGAGCACAACCGUCAUGGAGCGGCACCGGAUGAUAUUGAUCAGGCCGAUCUGCCUGCUCUUCCUCCCAGCGAGGCCUCGUCCAGGAGCUCCCCCGGCCCUGGAUCUGAAGCCUGGGAGUCGACUGAUGAGUAUGCUGAAGGCCGAUAUGCGGAAACAGACCGUGGAGGACCGCCACUCAGUCUCGACACGGCCAUUCCAGCAUUUGUGCCACAUGAUGGUGCUGGAUCACAAGAGACAACGCCGAAGGCUGAGAUCAGGCCCGAGUUCCCACCUGUUGUGGACGAACUAGGCGCCGAAUCGGCGGAGCAGCAAACCCCGGAUCCCGUUGAAGCCAUGUCAAAGGAUCGAAGCUCGUACUUGCUGCAAUCCGAGCCAUCCUCCACCAAGUCGAACAGGACUGUAGACAACGAGGCAGUGGCGCAGAGGCUGCACGACAUCGCUUCAUCGCCCUCCAAAUCUGGAAACAGCCGCAGCCUUGCAGACAUUGACGAAGGCUUGAUGUCGACCGGUGAGAACCUCUCCGACGCUCGAGAGGAUGCGGCACCAAGCACCCGAGACUUGUCUGCACAUGCUUCGCCAGCACCUGAACCAGCUUCCGAGGGGCAAACUGCCGACGACGACAUUGACUUGAGCAUCCUCACGGGCAAAGCGAAGAAGAAAGCUAAAAAGGCUGCUAAGAAGAAGCAGGCAUUGUCACUGGACUUGGACGCUCCAGGGACAAAGCUUGAGACCACGACAGAUGUAAAAGACGUUCAGAGUGACGGGCCCAACGCCGUGACUGAGCCCCAGACCGAGGCGAGUACCAUCCCUGCCGAGUCUAUCGAGAAGGUGAUCUUCGAUGAACCCCAACCGCCUGUCGAACCUACCGCGGAUGCCGCCGUCGUAGCACCCGAGGACACUGAGGUAGCAGCGACGGAUGAUGGGGAGCCUAAGCCAAAGUCGAAAAAGAAGAAGAACAAGAAGUUCGUGAUUGUGGAAGCAAGCUCCCCGGACGCAGGCGAAAGCAAACCAUCUGAAACCGAGCAGACCGAUGCAGUUAUCGAUACAGCUUCGCAGACUCCUCUUCCUGCUGAACAACCCGAUGAACUUGCGCCUCCAGCCGAGGAGACUACAGAACCUGAUGCUGCAGUCGCUGAAGCUGCUAUCGACCAAGGCACUCUCGAGGUGGCUGACGAGACGACUGUUUCUGCCUUGCCCGAAAACUCUGUGGCACAGAGUGAGGAGGUGGCAGCGAAGCCUGUCGCUGAAGCUGUCGCCGAGCCUGUUGUUCAGCCCGCUGCCAUGGAUGCUGAUUCAGGCGGCAAGAAGGGCAAGAAGAAGAAGAAGAAGAAGGCAAAGGCAGCUGCGCUGGAACCGGAUGAGUCAGCACCCCCCGAAGAAUCAUCUUCAAAGGAAAUCAAGGAAGACGCUCCGCUCGAGGUUUCCACGGCUACUGAACCUGCUGUUGAGGGUGAAUCGGCCGCAACGCCUGGGUUCCAGGCUCCCACCGAAGUGGCUGCGCCACCAGAAAGUUCAGCGGCAGAAGGGCAGAUCGAAGCACCCGAAGUGCUACCUGAGGAGCUCGAAGUUGAUUCCGGUAGUAAGACGAGUAAGAAGCAAAAGAGGAAGGAGAAGGCAGCUGCGGCAGCCGCCGUAGCCGCCGGCAUUGCUCUCCCCACCGAGAACGAAUCUGCUGCCAGCGACAAGCCGCAACCUGAAGCCGAGCUGCCUGUCGCUGACCCCGCUGCCGCUGAGGCUGAUAUCCCAACGGAUUCCAAAGCAGAUGAAAGGAAAGGAGACAGUGUUCUUGCUACCGAGAGCGAGCAGACCGUCGUUCUUGAUGCGACUGCGCCUGCUGAUCGCGAGCUUGCUCAACAUUCCAAGGAAGAUGGACCUGUUGACGUUGCCGACGAACAAGAGCUCACCCCGACGCUCUCGAAGAAGGAGAAAAAGAAACGCAAGAAAGCACUCCAGGCCGACAGCUCGUGGAUUAAGUCGGGCACGCCAGAAGAGUCUGCGUCGCCUGCUGAUGAGGCAGCCGUUUCCCCGCUAGCUGACCCAACCCGAGAGCCAGUUCCCGAGACCCUUGACCAACCUGCCGAAGCAGAUGUCAAGCCAGAGGAGCCUGAGGCGCCGGCUCCCGAACAGACCACAGUUCAAGACGAUGUGCCUGCUCCUGCUGAGGAAACAGCGACCAAGUCCAAGAAAAAGAAGAAGAAGGACAAGAAGAAGGCUUUGGCGCUUCAACUCGAUGCUCCUGAAGAGGGCAAGCCAAUUGCUGAAAAGUCCAAUAAUCAGACCGCUCCUGAGACCAGAGACGGAAUCCCAGUUACAGCGAAACUUGACCCUGAGCACGUUGAUACAGCAGCUGCGCCAGGGGGGGCAGACGAGACUGCGACCGUAGUCCAUCGUGUCGAUGAAAAUGAAGCUGUUGUACCUCAGGGCGACGUUGAUGACAGCGAAAUAGCGGAACAGGCCCCGGGUCUUGAAAGACAGCCAUCGGAACCGCUGUUCAGCCAGGACGAUCAGCCCUCCAACGACACCACACAACAGGAGACGCUGACUCAGCGUUCUCGUCCCCGCUGGGGUGGUUACAAUCCCGAAUUUGACUACGAGCGGGACUUUGAUCCACAAGCAGAUGAAGGGGACGAGUAUUAUGGCGAGCAGGAGGAGCAAGAGGCGCCCGCGGUUGGCGAAGGCUGGGAUAUUGAGGACGAAUUUUUCUCGAAGCCUACUGUUCAGCCAGAAACGCCGACAGAUGACCUCGGAUGGGACAAGCCACGGUCUUCCACUCCUGGAUCCCAGGGCACCGAGGACGAAUGGAGCACCCUGGUGACCGGUAAGAAGUCCAAGAAAGGAAGGAAACAGCUGGCCAACCCAGCGGAUACGACAGAAGAGGCCGAGCCUGGUGUCGAGACACCGAAAAAGCCAGUGGAUCACCCACUUUAUGAAGCUGGCGACGAGGGUGCUCAAACCCCUCGCGCUGAGUAUGCCGAGUCCGAGACCACUGAUGCCUGGGAGGAAGCCGUGACCGGCUCCGCCAGAGAUCCAACCGAUGAUACCAGCCCAGACAACACAUCUGGUUUCGUCACACCUGCAGAGUCCAUAUCCGGCGACGCGAAUCCUGACGACAAGUGGGGUGGGUCCAGUUCCAAACAGUCCAAGAAGAGCAAGAAGAACAAGAAAGCUAAAGAUCCCGAGUCUGAGAAAGCACAGGAACCCGAAUCGAUGACCAGACCGGAUCCCAACUUGGACGCCGCUGGAGAACCCGCCUUCACGACAUCGACUGUCGUCGUUGACAGCCCCCAGUCCGUGUCUGAGGGCGCCGCGCAGGAUUUGCAAGUUGCUGGAACUCUGGCUUUGUCGGAUACGGGCAUUCACGGGGAUGAAGGCAAUGUACUAUCAACAGAAGAAGCAGCGGACCUUGGCCUUGCUUCCAAAGACAACAACAAGAAGAACAAAAAGAAGUCUGUGUCAUUCGACCUUGGUGAAUCUACCUCUACUCCUGGCGAUGGGAAGGAGUGCCGAUCUUCCCUGCAAGAUAUCUCUGAAGACGUACCCGCUGUCGGUGUCCGAUCUCAUGAGCCGAUGGACGAGGUAGAGCCUCCUGCUCCUGCGGACUCAGAGGCAGUGCCGGCGGCUGUACAGGCGCCUGACGUACAGCAAGACGUUGCUGUUGCCGAAGUGCCCGCCACGGAUGCUCAACUAUCUGAGGAGCCGGCUGCUCUGAAAAAGGAACGUGCUGCUGCUGCCGCCGCCGCCUUGGCUGCUACUUCGACGGUGCCAAGUGACUCGGAAAGUAAAGACAACGCGGGCAUACAAAGCGAGCCGACCGCUGCUGUCCCCGAGAUGUCUGAGCAGUCGACCGAGCCUACUGCUAUUGCACAGGAUGACGAUGAGCCCAAGAGUCAACCAGAGAACAAAGAGACUUCGCCUUUACAACUAGAUGAGUCGACAGAAGAGGCUAAGCCUUUGUCUGAGCCCCUUGCCACUGCUGACACGUCCACUCCGGUCCGCGACGCUACACCUGAAGAAGUCUCGUCGCAAGAAGUAACUGCCACUACCCCGGAAGAUGAUGAGUCCUGGGCCAAGGGGCUCUCAAAUAAGCAGAAGAAAAAGCUAAAGAAGGAGAGGGCAGCAGCAGCAGCUUCUGCUGCAAGUGUAGAGCCGGCUGAGGACUCUAGCCGAGAGGCGUCUGCUGGACAGUCAUCUGAACCUACUGACAUUGCCGAUACGCCUGUUGUGACCGAAGAGGCUGCCGCGGUCGAAGAACCCCCGACACCCGAGUAUUCCACGGUGGUAGAGGAGCCUGCGGUAGAGGAGCCUACCGGGGGCGAAUCCGCAAUUGUGGAUGUGCCAACAGAGACCGAGGGUACUGAAAGUGUCGCUGAACCUGCCACCAUCGAGGUGAUUCCAGCUCCUGAGAACACAGCGUCAAACGAGGAUCUCAAGUCAGCAGCUAAGCCUGAGCCAUCCCAGCUCCCAUCUGCAGUGGAUGUUGAUGAUGAUGAGUCCUGGGCUGUUGGCUUGUCCAAUAAGCAGAAAAAGAAAAUGAAGAAGGAGAGGGCGGCCGCCGCGGCCGCCGCGAGCGCCACGUUGGAAGCAGACAUUGGUCCCCAGGAUCACGACAAUACCAGGGCCCCCAAUGUUGCGGAAGCAGAUCUUGAAAACAUCCCAUCAACUGCUGCAGCCCAUCAAGACUCGGUCACAACCACGCUUGAUCCCGAAGUCGAGGACAAAGACUCAGCGACCGCCAGUGAUACGCAGCCGUCCUCAAACGAUGACUCUGCUCCGCUAGAAGUUGACAGCGAAACCAAGCCUGCUGGCCCUGAGCUUGACGCAUCUGAGCUCGAGAAAACGCAAACCGGUAUUGGAUCUGCGCCGGCAGAGACCUUCGUGGACGCAGUUGCUGAAGGGACCAAAGUUCCCAGCGAUGAGCCUAAAGCGCCGGGAGAGCAGUCGCAAGCUGAGAAUCAAGAGACCGAAGAGCCCUCCCGAUCUUUGGAUAACCCUGCAGUGCCGGACGCCACCGGACGACCUGCGUUAGAGACUCCUACUGCUGAGAAAAAGGUACAAGAGGAGGAGACCCCAGCCAAUGAGGAUGAAUACGCAGGCCUGUCCAAGAAGCAAAUCAAGAAGCUGAAGAAGGCGAAAGAAGCUGAGGCAGCAGCGGUAGCCGCUGCCAGCGCAGCAGACGCAACUGACGUCGAGCAGUUGGUCGCUGAUACCGACACAGUGGUUGCCAAUAGACCCGCUGAAGAGGUCCCUACAGCAAGUAGGCCUGAGCCAUCUACUGCCCCCGACGAGGCGGAAGUGCGGGACAAUGAUGUCGAGCCUCUGGCUUCAGAGCAGCCGGCUGGUGCUGAGCCUGCUGCGAUUCAGGGACAUGACGAGCCAGAAUCUGCCAUGGAAAAGCUUGUUUCGCCCGCGCAAGUUGACAACAAUACCGCCGAGACUGCUGCAAUCGAGGACGACGACACCUGGAUGGCGGGUCUGUCGAAGAAGGAGAUCAAGCGUCGAAAGAAGGAAACGGAGAAGGCCAAGGCUCUCGCACAGGAAAAGGCGACCGACGAAGACCCAGCCGCAGCUGCUCCUGUCGAGUAUGCUACUGAUGAUGCCACUGUUGAUGCAGAAGCAGCAGCGGAAUCCGCCCAAGAUGUGGCAUUCACAGAAGCCGACGCUGCUCUCAGUGUGGCAGCCUCGGAGAGCGAUGCUAGACCUGCUCCUUCUGCAUUGGACCUGUCGGAGGAAGUUCCCAAACCCUCCGAUGGGGAGGCUUUAGACGCAGCAAAGCUAGAAACGCUGGACGAGGCUGACCCUUCCCCCGGUGAUACUGCUGCGCCUGACGUUGCGGCUACUGUCGACCAGACUCCCCAGGAUAGAGUACGACCAUUUACUGCCGACAGCACUGAUGAUUGGAUGAAGGGGCUCUCUAAGAAAGAGAUCAAGCGUCGUAAGAAGGAAAUGGAGAAAACCACAGCCCAGUCAAAGGAAACAGCAGAGCCGGCAACGAUCACCACCGAAACCUCGGCCAAAGAGGGUGCUGAAGAGGCCGCUCCCACUGGCGGCGACACUAUCCCUUCUGAAUCCACGACUGAGCCCGAGCCAGCCGUUGUCAAAACAGUUUUGGAAGUGGAUGAUGUGAAGGCCCCAACUGCAGAAGUCGAGCCCCCAGAGACUAUGGGUGAGUCUGUCACUGCAUCAGGUCCGGAGGCCCAAGAGUCUCAACCUAGCUUGGAAGAGCCUGAGUACGACCCAUCCCACCCGAUAUCCGCACCUGCAGCCGAAGAGGACGAGAGGUGGAUGGUCGGGCUGUCCAAAUCGCAGAUCAAGAAAAGGAAGAAGGCGAUGGCCGAAGCGGCAAAAUCUGCCGCAGCAGAUGAUUCAAUGCCAGAAAAGCCAGAGGCUCAUCCUGAGACUUCGCUCGCAUCCACAAAGGAGAUGGAUUCAGAAGCUAUCCAGCAACAAGAAUCUACCACCGAGAUGACGAAUGCAAACGAGGAGCUGGUCAGCGAUACGCCUGCAGACAUGCCGAGCCAGGAAUUAGACGAGCCUCAAUCCCUCCUUAGCUCCCAUGACCAAGCCCCCGCUCCUUCGACGACUGAUAUCGGGGCCAAUAACCCAACGCCUGCUGCCAACGAUGCCUCAGAGCGCAUGGUCUCUGCUGUUGAUGACGAGCCGACGAAUACCAGAACCGAACCCGAGGCACCAGUGAAAGAGACUGUGACUGAAUCACGGGUCGAGAGUGCUCCGGCUGAGGAUGAUAACUGGAUGAAAGGCCUUUCAAAGAGCCAGAUCAAGAAACGCAAGAAAGCAAUGGCUGAAGCUGAGGCUGAGGCUGAGGCUGCAGCAAAUGCCAAGGGCCAGGCUCAGGAUACAGCACAAGAACCUGCCGACGCUGGAGCUGCAGCUGCCGAGCAGCCUCACGAGACAUUCGUUGAAGAGGCCAAGCAGACCGACCUGAAGCAGCCUGAAGACUUGACUAGCGAUAUCCCUGACUCCGGCAUCGCCGAGUCUGGGCAAGUUGCGACUCAAGCUGUUGCCCCCGUGGAGGUUGAACCAUCACAUGGCGAGACAGAACCCACCGCAGCCGCAGCUCCCGCAGAAGAAGCCGCGCCCAUGCCUUUGGACGAUGACAGCUGGAUGAUCGGUCUCUCGAAGAGCCAGAUCAAGAAGCGCAAGAAGGAAAUGGAGAAGGAGGCGGCUCAGCGUGAAGCUGCCGCUGAUGCCGCCGCUGACGCCGAAACUGUCGCAAACGCCGCCAAGCAAUCACCAGCCGACGCUUCAGGAACCGAAUUUGCUGAUGUCGAGCCCAGUCCCAGUGUCCCUGAGGAGGUUUCAGCUGAUACCCAGUCAGCUGACCUGGCUGCUUCCGAGAAAAAGCUUUCUGAAGCUGCAGUUGAAUCCCUUGACCCUGCUGAAGCAGUUCCAUCUGGGCAAGUCGACAAAUCGGAAACGGAUUCACCUCAGCGAGAGCAGCAAUCCACAGAAGCGCUCAACGACCCUAAAGCCGAUAUCAGUAAUGACCCUCCCGCCGCUGUCGAGGACGACAGCUGGAUGCAAGGACUGUCAAAGAGCCAGAUCAAGAAACGCAAAAAGGAGAUGGCCAAGGCUGCUGCGCUAGCUGCCGAUGCGCAGGCAGUGACUCCAGUUGAACUUACAAAAGAGUCUGGCGCAGACCAAGCUACAGUGGAAGUUGCAGAUACUACAGCACCAGCUGCCGAAGAGUCUGAAAUGGCCAAGGAAAAGGCUUUGCAGGAAUACUCUUGGGACGCAAAUGAGCCGUCUGAGGUCACUGAUUACCCGACAGAGAAGCCUUCUGGUGUGGACCUCACGAUAGGUGAUCAACCCCAGCAGAAGCCUGAAGACGACAUGAGCUGGGCAGUAGAACUAUCCAACAAGCAGAAAAAGAAGAAGCUCAAGGAGAUGGCUGCCGCUAAAGCUGCGACCGAGGAGCAAAGAAACCCCGAAUCGGCAUCGGGAGGCAAGGCUGACGCGCCUAGUGAUCUUGUCACUGUGCCCCCGCCUGAUGACAAUCCUGAAGCAGACAAGGAGGCCUCCGCGCAGAUGGGAGGUGCUUCGGCUGGCGAACCGCCAGAGCGAGGUGUUGAAGCUGGUCCAGCCGAAGCUGAAGCAACACCAGCCAAAAAUGAUUCCCCUGAUCCUGAGGCAGACACAUCAGAAAUCAACGUGGAAGAUGAUGAAAGCUGGGUUGUUGGUUUGACAAAGAAAGAGAAGAGGAAGAAGGCCAAGGAGAUGGAGAAGGCUAGAUUAGCUGCGGCAACGGCGCCUCCUCCAAAUGUGGAUGAUACUACUACCGCUGAAACCACUACUCAGGCUACUGCUGAACUAAGUCCCCAGGCUGCUUCAGAGAAACAGGUAGAGGAGGUUGUCCCUGAAGUCCUUACCAAGGAUACAUCUGAGGGAGAGGCUUCUGAAGCUGAACCAGUUGCCACGGCACCAGUCAACGAGCUUACUGAAGGCAACGAGGCUGGCAGCGCCGAGAUUGUCAACCAGAUCUGCGCACCCGCAACAGAGCAGAGCGGAGAAGCCGCGACUGAAACGCAGCAGAGUACCACGCCGAUUGCUGAGGGAGUGCCGCCUGAGGAGGAUGAGAGCUGGGCAUUCGGCUUAUCUGUCAAGCAAAAAAAGAAGAAGCUCAAGGAGAUGGCCGCUGCGCGUGCUUCGGCUCAACAGGAAGCAACACCGGUAGCUGACGUCGAGCCUCAAGACAUGGCGCCGGACCAAACCACCAUGAGCAAGGCCCCAGCGGAAGGUGCUGAUGAUAAGGCCGACUCCGUCAAAGAGGCGACAGAGACCAAGUCUAGCCUAGAUCUGGCUCCAGAGAAGGUGCCGACACAUGGGGUGGAUUCCACACUCGACCUUUCGCCAGAAGACGAAGCAGAAGCACAGCUCGCAGCCGAGGAAGAGAAAGAGUUCUCCGUGCUUGAGGCUAAAUUGGCGAAGCAGAAGAGACUUGUCAAGGCAGCAGAUCGCAAACGACACGCUGCGCUCAAGGAGCGCGUCAAGAAAAGGAGGGAAGACACGGCACGCAAGGAGGCUGAACAGUCCGAAACAACGCGAAGCGCAGUAAAUGCCGACGUCCAAGCUGCCGAUAUUGAGGGGGUGCACCAGGAGCCUGUUGUAAAACAAGCUGCUGACGAGCUGGCUGGUGCCGAUCCUGCUGAUACUUCUCUGACCCUUCUGCCAGAAGCUGUUGUCGAUCAUGGCCAUCCUACUGUCGAGUCAUCAGCUGAUCAAAAUGCUGCUCAUGCAGGUGAACCUGAGCCUACGCCCGAGCCGAUCGUCGAAGCUACCCAGGCGCUUACAGACAAGGAUCCAGCAGCUACUGAAGCCAUGGACAAGGACACUGUAAAUGUGCUGGCGGCCCCGACUGCCUAUGAGGAGGAGGACUGGUCCAAAUUGUCCAAAAAGGAGAGGAAAAGACGUGAGAAGGCCAAGGCUGCAGCAAUGAAAGAAGCAGAGGCGGCGGCAGCAGCCGCUUCAGUGACCCCUGCCGCUCCAGAGGAGCCUGAAGUCGCCCCGACGCCCCAGGCAGAUGCCUCGGAAGAAACCCCUGCCAAACAUGAAGACUCUUCCGACGGUUCUCUCGUCCCCGCGGCACCUAUCGAAGAGGAGGAGAAGUCAACAAGGGAGGAAAAGGCAGAGCCUGCAGAAGAGAAAGCAGCUAUUGAGCCAACUGUUGAUGCCGACAGUCAACAGACCUCUGCACUCGUCGUGGAAAACCCUGCCUCGGAUUUGCCCCCUGCCUCGACUGAGAAACCUUUAGCAGAGGCCGAGAACGUAGGUGAAGUUGAUGCCGUUUCUCAGCCUCACGAACCGAAGCCUACCCCGGACGAAGAUGUUGAUGAAAGCUGGGCCGUUGGGUUGACCAAGAAACAGAAGAAAAAGAAACUCAAGGAGCGCGAGAAAGAAUUGGCCGAGCAAGCGGCUGCUGAUGCAACUCGCGUCACCCUUGAACCCCUCGAGCCCGCUGCAGGCCCUGUCAGUGCUUCGUUGGAGCGUUCUUCCGAGGGUGAUCAGGUCGCUACUCCUAUCAACUCAGGACUGACGGCUGCAGAGCGGCAUGAAGAGCACCAACCCCAGCAGGAACAUGCCGCAGAACAGCAGGCUGGAAGUGAAGGUGCCCAGAGCUCCGAACUCCCUACCUCUGCCGUUGUGGAAGAAGAGGAAAAUACUAUCAGUGAUCAGCAGGGCGACCAAAUGGAGCCAGUGCCAGCAGCCGCGGCGACUUCGCUGUCAGGCCCUGCUGCUGAGGAGACCAUGGGUGACGAGAACUGGGCUGCGGGCCUGUCGAAGAAAGAAAAGAAACGUAGGAAGAAGGAAAUCGAGGCAGCUCAGGCUCUUGCCCCGGAAACUGAAGUUGCGAGCGAUCAGGCUAAGGGAGGAGCCAAAGCAGGACAAACUUCUUCUGACGAGGUCGCUCAAGCCGAUGCCACUCAAGAAAUCGAAGCUUCCGCUGAGCCUGCGGGGACCGAACCAACUAAGGAAGUCUCAGUUGUGGAGCCGGCAGCCGGGAUCGAGGCACCGGCAGAGGAGACUGGGGAAGCAGACAAGGAGGAUGAAGACUGGGCAAAGGGGCUCUCCAGCAAAGAGAAGAAAAAGAGGAAGAAGGAACUGGCAAAGGCCAAGGCUACGACAGAGGUCUCGAAAUCUACUGCACAGGAAGCUGCCGACCAAGAUAAGAAGCCCUCAGAAGCUAUUGAGCCAACAAUGGAAGUUGGAACUGCUUCUGAGUCUUUGGCCCAGCCGGGGGUUGACGAACCGGACAACGUGUCGGCAAGACCACAGCUGCCUGUUGAAAUCACUGAGCCCGAGGAAGACACACAAGACAAUGCUGCCAUCAUGGCCGGUGACCAACCCACCGUGAUUGAAACUCCUCAGCCGCCGGUCGCUACGGUGUCUGAGGAAGUGCAGGCGGAGGUGGAACCUGAUUCCAAGGCGACAGAGGACAGUGCACAAGAUGCCAUUGUCAUUGAAGGACCCGCAACACCAUCAUUCGAUGACAAUGAUGGAGACCUUGCCGGCUUGUCGAAGAAGGAGAAGAAGAAGCGGAAGAAGGCAAAGUCCAAGGCCGCAGCAACGGACCGGGAGCCGACUUUUGAAACUCCCAAGGAGCCCGAGCCUGUGGAGGAGCCGCCUGCUGAACAGGCUGGGAGCGCAGGCCUAGUGGUGACUGAGGUCGCGGCUGACUCUGACGUUGCUCAGCUGCCCGCAGCACAACCAGCGGUAGUCGAAGAGCCCGUCGAGCCUAUCAAGCCUGUCGAGCCCACGGCAUUUGAAGAGCCCACUUCCAACCAAGAUGUCGACUCCCAUGCCGCCACUGUUAUGGCACCUCGCGAUGUCACCGGUUCUGCCCACGAUGACAUGGAGGACAUUGCAGGUCAAGAGCCUAAGGCGCAACCACUGUCAACAGAAGGCAUGUCAAAGAAGGAGAUCAAAAGACGUAAGAAGGAAGCCAAGGCUCUGGGGCUCCCUGAUCCUUUUGAGGUGCCGCCCACUGCAACAUUGAAACCAGCCACGCCUGUAGAGGCAAGCGAGAAAGUGCCCGAGCCAGGCGACUCCAAGCCACUUGUCGGCGACGGUGGCGACACCGACAGACCCGCCACGUCUGCUAAGGCUGACACAACCCCGGCAGCGACAGCAGAACCCUCUCCAAAACCUGCUGAAGCUGCUACUGACGAUCGGGAUGUUUGGAGUGCCCAAGUCAGUUACGAGCUGCCUAAGGAGGAUGAGAAGACGACGGAGAAAAAGGCAGCCGAUGUUGGCCAUAACACAACUGAUGUGCCUAAGACAUUGAUUGGCGAAUCGCCAGUACCGGUGGAGAUGGGGUCCGCAGAUACGGAGUUGGAAGAAGCGCUAGAGUACAUGGCAACGAAGGAGGAGGAGGAGGAGGAGGGGAAGAGGGAUGAAAAGGGGAGUUCUGUAAAGAAGUCGAAGAAGGACAAGAAGAAAGCCAAGAAGCUCGCUCAAGCUGCAGCUUCAGUAAAACCGUCAGGCGGCGAAGCGACUGAAGAGCCCGCGGAGCAAACGGGCAACCUACCUGAGGCCACGGAGACCACUCAUCAAGACGGGGCAAUUCCGAGCCUAGCGGACGCUACAUCCGAGGCCAGGGACUUGACGCAAGGCGAUGGACAUGCAGCCGAAGACGUGCGCCACGAGGAUACUCCUGUUGCGGAGUCCAGCUCGCCGCAGGUCGAAGACGUGACAUCGACGACACUUCUGGCACAUCCGGAAACCGAAGUGGACACUCAAGACGUCGAAGAGCCAGUUGACAGAGUACCCGAAUCCGUCACUGCCAUGGAACUUGACCAACCUGGACCAACCGUCUUGACCGGAAAAGCGGAGGACGCUACUCCAGCAAGCCCGAUUGCAGAAAACAACAAGGACAAGAAGCGCAUGUCUGCGCAAGAAAUGCUGGAGGAAUCAGUCCAGACAUCAACGCCCUCUGAAGAGCCCUUGCCGGUACCUACCGGCCCUGAAGCUCUGGAAGGAAUCCCACAGAGUGGUCAAGCGGACCUCCGUCAGCAGCCCAAAGACGACAAGGUGGACAGAGACACGGUCAUGACUCCGGGGGCAGAGUCUCCCGCGUCAGACCGCACUCAAACUUUGCCAGUGACUGAGGACGAGGUCAUGAUGCUAGGCAUCACUGGGUCUACUGAAGAUAUCCAUGUCAAAGACUCCGCCAGGCAUGGGCCCAGCAAAGACGACGACGUCAAGAUGCAAGAAGUUACGGCAAACCCCAGCCCCAGGCUGCAAGAUAUUGAAGCAUCGGCUGAGCCAGUACCUACGUCAAAAGAAGCAACAGCGCCCCAAGACUCAGCAGAGACGUCUGGUGGGGAGUCGUUGACCAUGGCUGCAGCAGGCGCAGCACUCACCGCAACGGCAGCCUCGUUCAAGAGCACUAGCGGGAAGAAGGAGAAGAAGACCGAGAAAAAGGAGAAGGUGGUGGAUGAGAAAGAAGACAAAGUUCUCCGGGCCGUGGAUGAAAAGCCAGAGCCAAAGGAGGAGAAGGAGGCCAGGGCAUUAACAGAACCAGUCGAGGCUCCUGGCUCGACUGAAGUGGUCGAAUCUGACCAGGGUCCCCGUUCGGAGGCCCUUCUCGAUGUCGAAACAACCGAGGGCAACGAAUCGCUGUUGACCCCUCGAGGUGAGAGCUUGUCAGGGUCCGAAGGCGGGUGGAAAGAGACACCUCGCCAAGGUGCGCCCCUAGACGACGAGGAGGUGGAAGAGAGUCCAGUCGUGGGUCGCGGCGAGAUGAUAACGGCGUCUAGAUCGCCGCCCAGCCUUUUACGAUUCCCUUCGGAUGUGGAAGUGCCUACGAGUGGUCUGUUGCAGGAAGAUACACAAGCAUCAGCCCUUGUUGGUCCCCUGAACUCUGACUGUGGGGGCUCACGGCUGUCGCCGGCGCGAUCCCUACCUGCUGUUGAAGAAGUACCCGAGCCAGAACCUGAGCCGAGCUACGCGAGCAGAGAACUGCAGCCAGCAGGAACUGAUGCCGAACUUGACAUAAGUCCUGCGGCCGGGGCACCGAGACUCCAUCAGCGUCGCAGCCGUGCUCGUCUGGCUGCAGAGGGGCAGGAGCAACAACGCCGUCGAGACGAGCCUGAAGUGCGGGCAGCAAAGACGCCUACGAACAGAAAGGUGGGAACGGCUUUUGGGACUCCGGUGCUACAAGAACCAGUCGCGCUUGAGCUGACUCCGGAGCCCGAGAAGAGAAGAAGCACACGGAAAGCGGUGGUCCAACAAUGCGAGCCCUCCAGCCCAGCUGCGGCUUUGACGCCCGCAACGACAGGUCAGCCUCGGACGCUCCGAGAAUCUCCAUCAAUAGGACGCACUCGAGGCUUGAGGGACACGCCCACACUGCCAAAGCCGAGGGAGCUCAUCGAGUCGCCCUCGUUCGUGCGCCCGAGGGAACUGCGCGAAUCGCCAUCACUGAGGUCAAGCAAAUCAAAGGGCUAUGGAGACUUGCGCGAGGCGGCUGCCAUGCCACCAACGGGGACGGCACCAAGAGUAUCCAGAGAAAUACGGGAGUCACCGUCGCUGCGUAGCGUCAGGUCACGCAAUUAUGGCGAGCUCUCGCAGGCAGCUGGAGCUGGUCCAGGUCCAGCAGCCAAUUCAUCUCGCAGCGUCUCUGACCACUCGAGCACCAGCCGCAAGCCCCAGCCACAAGACAGUCAUGGCGGGGCUACGGUGGGGCCCCAGCCACAGGCGCGACGUUCCCUGUCCAACACCAGCCUCGUGCGUAAACACACGCCUGAGCCACUCAAGCUGCGGCCUGAAAGUCCAGGCAUGGGCAGAGGCUCAGGCAGCAGCACCCCCCAGCUGCCGCCCAGAAACACCCCCACACCUCCACUUCGCCGGGUCGACAAGCGCAUGAGCGGCGACCUCAGAGCCCUCCGUCAACAAAACACCCCGACACCCGUCGCCAAUGAGGGUCGUGUCCGUCAAAAGGACAUGACCGAUGUUUACGAUGGCUUUGGCGAGGGCCGCAUCGGCUCGCCCAGAUCCCCGACUCGGCCCCACAGCAUGCGACGCAGACAAAGCAUGCAGGUGCUCGAGCUGGAAUCCAGAGUCGACCAGCUCCUCGCAGAGAACCGCAUGCUGAGCGAGGCACGAUCACACGCCGAGCAGAACCUCACGCAAGCUCAGCGCGCCGCGACUGCGCUAUCCGACCGCGACUCCGAGAUUGAGUCGCUCAAGGCGUCCCUGCAGUUCCUGCAGAACGAAGUCACACGCCUCACCGAAGUCAACGACGGCCUCACCAGUGCCAACGCCGAGCUCGCCAAACAAGACCAUGGCCGCUACAAAGAUCUCGAGUCUCGCCAUGCCAGCGUCACGCGAGAGCUCACCGAGGCGCGGGGCGCCCACAACACCUUCCAGCAGUCCCUGUCGGACAAGGACGCCGAGAUUGCCGAACUGCGCGCGCAGCUCGAGGAUGCCAAGGAACAGAUCCGCGAGAUGCAGCGUAAGAUACUCGAGUCCAAGGCUGCCGACGGCGACUUUCUCAACAUCAGAGAUGAGGACCACUUUGACAACCGCUGCCAGCAGCUCUGCUCCCACGUCCAGCAGUGGGUGCUGCGCUUCUCCAAGUUCUCCGACAUGCGCGCAUGCCGGUUGACCAGUGAGAUCAACGAUGAGAAGACCAUUGACCGCCUCGACAAUGCCGUGCUGGACGGCUCCGAUGUCGACAGAUAUCUCGCAGAUCGUGUCAAGCGUCGGGACAUUUUCAUGUCCAUGACGAUGAACAUGAUCUGGGAGUUUGUAUUUACGCGCUAUCUCUUUGGCAUGGACAGAGAGCAGCGCCAGAAGCUCAAGUCGCUCGAGAAGAACCUCACAGAGGUCGGGCCGCCACACGCUGUCCGCCAGUGGCGCGCCGUGACGCUGACACUUCUCGCCAAGCGAGACAAUUUCAAGCAACAAAAGGACCAGGAUACCGAGGCCGUGGUCCAGGCUAUUUUCCAGACGCUCUGCAAGAUUCUCCCGCCGCCGGGCAAUCUCGAGAGCCAGAUUCAGACCCAGCUGCGGCGUGUCCUCCGCGAGGCUGUGGAUCUGUCCAUUGAGAUGCGCACGCAAAAGGCGGAGUACAUGAUGCUCCCGCCACUGCAACCCGAGUAUGACUCGGAAGGCGAACUGGCGGCCACGGUUCAGUUCAACGCCAGCAUGAUGAAUGAGCGCUCUGGGAAGAACACGUCGUCCAACGAAGACCUCGAGGCCGAGGGCGCAGUAGUCCGCGUCGUCCUCUUCCCCCUCGUGGUCAAGAGGGGCGGCGAUGAUGGUGUAGGGGACGAGGAGAUUGUGGUGUGCCCCGCCCAGGUGGUUGUCGCGACGCCCAAGGGGCGCCGGGGCUAUGCGGCAUCGAGCGACGCUGGGGGGGCGUCGCUGCUCGGUGGCCGCAGCCACAUUAGUGUCGUCACGGAGAACAUGGGCGAGUAG